UGAACUUGCUUUCUUACUCGCAUGUUCGCGAACCUUCGCUCGGGGUUGCUACCCUCGCAAUGGCGACCUUGACGUUUCCUAUGGACAAAAACUGCCGAAGUCGCCCCGGCGAAGGACUUUCGCGUCGGCGUGAAGGAGCAGUUCGCCGCGGUGCAAAGGAGUCGAUGCCACUUGCGACUUCGGAACAUCGGUGAGAGUGAUCGUACUCGUGGUGCUUGGGAAGCGCCGAGGACCAGGCUCGAAGGCAUGCAGUCCGCGCUUAUCGUGACCGCUACGCUGAUCCUCCCCGUGCACCUGCUGUGCGUGCGAGUGCCUCUGCUGAACGAUGCGGCCGUUUUCCUCGGCUCGUGGAUACUGACGCUUGUGGCCAGCUACUGGCUGGCAUGCUUCCUGUGGAACAAGACGCUGAGGAGAUCCGUUGAUACGGCAGGCAAGGCGGUGUUGGUGACGGGCUGCGACACAGGCUUCGGCCACCAUGCAGCCAAACGCUUUGCCGACGUCGGCUUCACCGUGUUCGCCGGCUGCCUGAAUGCCGCCAGUGAUGGCGCCCAAGAUCUCGCCAAAAGGGCAAACGUUCGCGUUCUUCAGCUGGACAUCACCAAGGACGAGCAGGUGGAGAAGGCCCUGGAGGCGGUUAGGACAGACCUUGGAUCAAAUGUGCUUUGGGCAGUGCUUGCCAACGCUGGAAUACCUGCUGUUGGGCCCGUCGAAUGGAAUUCUAUGGAGAGGAUCAAACAAAUGUUCGAGGUCAACGUCUUCGGGCAUGUGAGAGUAGCCAAGGCGUUCCUGCCUUUGCUGAAGAAGUCAAAAGGUCGUCUAGUCUUCGUCACCAGCGCUCUUUGCCGAGCAACCAUACCAGGGAUGACUGUGUAUUGUAUGAGCAAGCACGCCAUGCUCUCGCUAGUGGACGGCCUCCGAAGGGAAUGUGAAGACGAAGGCGUGGACGUUGCAGCCGUAGAACCGACAGCGUACAGGACAAACAUGCUCGAGAACAUCGCCUGCCCGAAGUACGUCGAGGCGGACCUGAAGCUCCUGUCCGAGGAGGCCCGGAGUCUAAUUCCGGAGGACAGCGUGGGCCGUUGGGCGAAGUUUCUGGGCGGCAUGUUCGACAUACUGACGCGCGAUAAUCCCAUGGAAGUUGUGGACCAGAUGACUUUCGCGGUCAUGGACACCAGGCCCCGGCCUUGCUAUCGGUCCAUGACUCUGCCGGACAAGUUCUACCUGCUUUUUGUCAAGCUGUUCCCCGACGAAGUGUUGGACGUCUUUUUCACGCUGUUUCGGGCAGCGGCCCAGUUCGUGAAGUAGAACAGUGCGGUGACCAGUAGACCAACCGUGCCACGUUGUAAUAGUCAUAAGUGGUUUUAUCUUCAAGACUUACAGAUUGAUGGAAAUACGCCAGCGACCGACCGUGGUGGGGAAAUGACUAUGAUGUAUCGCUCUUGACUAUAAGGCCACGGACUCGUUACGCGCCAGCGGCAGCAGCAUUCCCAUGAGGGCGACAUGCAAAACCCCUUGUGUAAUUAUUUUCAGGCACAUGUAAACGUUGCUGGCCGAAUUUCUACGACUUGAAUUUGAUAAUUCCCUUCUCCAAGAUGGAACAGUUACGCUACGUUAGCCAGACUGCAUGGCAGCCUGAACAUAACUUGCGUGAAAUUCGCAUGAGGGCGACAUACAAAACGCCUUGUGUAAUUAUUUUCAGGCACAUGUAAACCUUGCUGGCCUAAUUUCUACGAGUUGAAUUUGAUAAUUUGGACGAACUUAUGCGGAAUGUUCGCUUGGUCAACUUACACAAAGUAAAUUGAAUCAACUUCAGGAUUACUACUUUGGGGCACAUGUUGAGCGGUAAAAUGGAGCAAACUAGUGCUCAAUGCUGAUAGACUUAGUAGGCAUACCAUGUAACUAGCAUCACUUCGGGUUCAUUGGACCCCAAGCUGAGGGAUGAGAUACGCUGGCGUUCUAUUUAUUUUCCCAGAUAGCCAGCUUUGCGCAAUUUGGACGAACUUAUGUGGCAUGCAAGCGUACUUGGUUGGCACAUUACGGGGACAAAUGUCACCUAACUGGUGGUGCCUAAGGUCAUUAUUGCUACGAGUAAUAUAUGCCCUCAAUACCGACACGUUCUAAUCUCUUGACUGCGACGUGUGCCCUAAUGUAAUAAGCAAAUAGAAAGCAACGAAUUUCAGGUAAUAUAUAGCUAAUCAGCUAUUGUACUGCCGCUUGGAAUGUGUGCCUAGCGGCGGGAGUAAUUCAUUUUAGAUAUAUACAGUGCCUUUAAGACUCUUGAAAAAGUAAACAGGAGAGGGAGAACGCAGGUAUUCGGCCAAUCUUUCUGGGAAAAAUUACAGGUCCGAGGGCGUAAGAUGAUACCAUCAGACGGCUUGCUUAUCACUAGCGACGAAAUGUUCGUAGUAUGACAGAGAAAAUUUACCUUUGUCAUUUUGGGGGAAGUAUAAAAGCUGUAGGGUAAUACAAGAUGCGCAAUGCAUUAGGAAAAGCUGAUUGCUGUACAUACACGCGGUGUAUUUCACUGUAAAAUGAAAAAAAAUACUAUCCGUGUUAACCACUCUGUGAACAACAUACACGUGAUGAGUAUAGUGACUGACCGUAGCCUCUUAUACACCUUAUGCACUGACAUUAGCUUGUAAUCGGUCAGUUUCACAAGUAAAAUUGGUCGAAGCCCAGUGUUUCUCGGUUCAUGUUCUCCGUUUUUAUUUCCUAAAACCACUGAAUAACCCCCAUACGGCUAUGUUUCCAACUUUCUGCGGUUACUUAAAAAUUAUGCUGCGAAAAUCAUAAUCAAUUUAUUUUCUUGGGGCAUAGUAAUAUGCUUUAAAAGUACUUGAAGAUUCCGUUAAAAAAUCUUGGGCUACUUGCACGAAGCGCUUUAGCAUUAGGUAAAUUUGCCAGCGACAGUAAGUGGCUGUAGGUUGCUCCGUGGUAGUUACAGGUCCUGCGAGAACACGAUGUUGUGGAGAGACAAAUGUUCGACGCUUGAACGGGACUCUUUAGGUUUGCCACUCGGCGACCCGCUCUCCCGCAACAAACUAUAAUAAACUUGGAACUUUGUGUCAGUGGGGAAGAAUUGGCCUACAAAUAGUGCAAGCUGUGACGUGCACAAGGCUCAAUUACACGAGAGCAUGGGAAAUUUUCAAAUAGGAGUGCAAGUCUGUCUAAUUUAUUCCGUGUCAUGCUAGAACUGAAUCUGGAUAAUCGUGCCAAUUGGUUUGCGUUCAUCAUCCGCUUUGCUUCCCUCGAGAUUAAAUGCCCCAAUUUAGGUUGCCAUGAGGAACUUUUCAACAUGGCGAUUAUACCGAGUCAAAGUUGUUCAUGACACAUUUUGAAAUGCAAUUUCUGUAGUUUUAUCUAAAUGUGGUGUCGAAUUUUGAGAAGCAUAGCACAGAUUGUCAGCAAACUAUAAAAGUGUUUCGAAACAGCGUAGUCCAUGCCGGUUAAACUGUGCAGUUAUUUAUAUUUUUAUUCAGGUGGAGAAAGCCUCUACUGACCACAUUGCUCUUGACCACAUUGUAGGAUGAACAUACCUCAGCUGCAUAAUUUGAUGCACAGGAAUUUGAACUUGGGUACCAGAUUUUUAAUCACCUGUUAUCUUUGCACACCAAAUUUGAACCUUGGAUCAGGUUGUAUUUCAUGACCAGAGUUUUAGAGUACAUGAGCACAUUAAACGUCUAUUCCUGUCGUCCGUGUUUGAUGAGCUGCGAAACUGAGGACCUGAGACGGUUUGUUCUUUCCUUGGACAUUUCAAGAUAUGGUACUUAAGGAAAUCUUAAUUUUAACAUUAAUAAAAGCGCUGAUGUUCCA